CUCUUCAAGUUGACCACAUUUAAAUCCACAUCAGUGAUUAAGUAGAGUGACCAGUGAUGCAUGCUGAAUCCAAUCAGUGCCAUAGAACACACAGUCAAUCCAAAUAGCCAGCCAUUGUCAUGGAAGACACUGAGGUAUCUGAGAAAGAUGUUUUCUGCUGAAGAAAGACAGCCAUACAGACCUGGGAUAACAUGAGGAAAAUGAGUACCGGGGGAAACUCCUGAACCAGCGCUGGACGCGAGGAGACAAGAUCAGCCGCUGCCGGCCCUCACUCAGACUGCAGAGUCGACCAAUCAAAAUGAGUUUGGAUACUGAUGACAAGCGCACUCGCACACGGUCCAAAGGAGGAAGAGUUCCCUCUGAGAUUGUUGGACAGGAGCUGAGCUGCCCUACACCAGGAUGCAAUGGCUCAGGCCAUAUCAGUGGCAAAUAUGCCCGGCACAGAAGUGCUCUGAGUUGUCCAUUGGCCAGAAAAAGGCGGCUACAUGAAGCAGAAUUAGAGCAGCCUGCCUCCAAGAGGAAGUCCCACCCACUGAAGCUGGCAAUGGAUGAAGGCUUCAACGCAGAGAGUGAGGGGAGUGGAGAGGAGACAGAGAUGAGGGAGGAAGAUGAGGAUGAUGAAGGAGCACAGAAGCAGGGUGAGGAGUGCAUCAUUAUUGAGGCCUCUAGCUCAGAGAAGCCUGAACUCUCAACCUCUGAAGAUCUCUCCAACUAUCAGCACAUAUUGGCCAACUCAAUGCUACACUUCAACAACAACUGUGGUACAUCACCCCAACUGCAACAACAGCCCACCACCGUGGAAACAGAAAAUGGUAUCCCUUUUCCGGAAUCAGAAGCAGAAGAAGAGAAAGAAGAAAAUAAAAGAGAAGAAACCGAGAACCAAGUAGACAUUCUGGCGUCCAAGGAGCAUGGAGUGAUGAGGAAUUCAGUUGAGAUGGAAGAAAAGGAAGAGGACAUUCACAUUGAGGACUCAAAAGAGACAGACCGCCAGUAUUUUACUGAAGACAUGCACACACAACAAGACGAGGAUGAUGAUGAUGAUGAUGAAGGACUGGGGUCUGAGAUGCAAAAGGAAGAGAUACUCAAGGAGGAAUACAAUGACGUUACAUCUGAAGCAGAAGGGGAAGGAGAAUCCCCAACUACGGUUAUCAAUGCCACUCAGGGAUCCCUUGUAAGGGAAGACCAUGUUUCCCACAAAUCUAAAUUGCCAGAAAACUACAGCUCCAGUAACACCAGCAUGGCUUCUCCUAUGGUCUUCAAAGUGCAGUCGGAGGAGUCGGAGAGGGAUGCCGAAGUGGAUGGAAUCGAUGACGAUGGGGACGACGACAGUUUGUCACAGCGAUCGACAGUGGCGGACGAGUCAGAGAUGUAUGAUAUAAUGCGGGGGAACUUGGGGUUGCUGGAGCAGGCCAUUGCCUUGAAAGCCCAACAGGUCAAAGCUCAUUGUGAGCUCGCAUGCAUUCCCGAGCACCACCGUUUCUUUGCUCUGGACGACCGGCCCAACAAACACUUGGAACAUCUCCGCAAAAGCUGCUUUGGAAAAGAGAGUUCUAGAUCAGAGAAAAGAGAGAUCAAAUGCCCAACCCCUGGGUGCGAUGGAACAGGUCACGUGACCGGACUCUAUCCCCACCACCGCAGUUUGUCAGGCUGCCCUCACAAAGAUCGGAUCCCACCAGAGAUCUUGGCCAUGCAUGAGAAUGUCCUGAAGUGCCCAACGCCAGGCUGCACUGGUCAGGGUCAUGUCAACAGCAACCGUAACACACACCGCAGUUUGUCAGGAUGUCCCAUCGCUGCUGCUGAAAAGCUAUCCAAAAGUCAUGACAAGCAACACCUAGCUCAGCCCAUGGGCGAACAUCUCAAAGGCAGCCCUAACUCUGACCGUGUACUCAGGCCUAUGUGUUUUGUGAAGCAGUUGGAGAUUCCUCCGCCCGGCAGCUACAGGCCCAGUCUCAUCCCAGCCACGCCACGUGCUAAUCUGGCCAAGGAGCUGGAAAAGUACUCCAAGGUUUCCUUUGAUUAUGCAAGCUUCGAUGUGCAAGUGUUCGGGAAGCGCAUGCUCGCCCCAAAGAUGCACACCAGCGAAACUUCACCUAAAGCCUUCAAAUCCAAACCUUCAUUACCCAGGGCCUCCCCGCUAAGUCCCAGCAUGCACUCCGGAUAUGGAAAGAGUUCCUCCAGCAGUUACGAUUAUUCCCAUGAUGCUGAAGCGGCCCACAUGGCUGCCACUGCAAUCCUCAACCUGUCCACACGCUGCUGGGAGAGACCAGAGAACCUCAGCAUCAGACAACAAGAUAAGAGUAUGGAAAUAGAAGUAGACGAGAAUGGCACCUUGGACUUAAGCAUGAAGAAGCCAAUUAAGAGAGAAGUGGGCGAGUCUUGCACCAGUUCUGAUGUGCGCUCCCCCGAUCUUUCUUCAUCCUCUUCAUCAUCGUCCUUAACUCUUCACCAUGGCAACAACAGCAUCUCGCCCCACACUUUACAUCCCUACAAACCAGAGGAGUGGGAGGGGCCUCUGGACUACACCAAACCCAAUCGGCAGAGGGAGGAGGAGCUAGAAGAGAUGAACCACAGUGCUCAGUCAUUCGCUUCAUCUGACCCCGAAGAUUGUGACAUGAUGCAGGAUGACCUUGAAGACAGGAAGUACCCCGGAGAAGUCACAACCCCAAAUUUCAAGGUCAGGUUUCAGCCCAAGGACACCAAGAAAGAUCUCCUGCUCUGUCCAACUCCUGGGUGUGAUGGCAGUGGACACAUCACUGGAAACUAUGCAUCUCAUCGCAGCUUGUCUGGGUGUCCUCUUGCUGAUAAGAGUCUUCGGUCCCUCAUGGCAGCACACACAGCUGAACUCAAAUGUCCAACCCCAGGAUGUGAUGGUUCAGGGCAUAUCACGGGCAACUACGCAUCUCAUAGAAGUUUGUCUGGGUGUCCACGGGCCAAGAAAGGUGGAAUAAAAACAACUCCCAUCAAGGACGACAAGGAGGACUCCGAGCUCUUAAAAUGCCCAGUGCCAGGUUGUGACAGCCUGGGUCAUAUCAGUGGGAAGUAUGCCACGCACCGCAGUGCAUAUGGAUGCCCGCUGGCGGCCAGGCAGCAGAAAGAGGGUUUGCUGAAUGGUUCUCCAUUCUCCUGGAAGGCGUUUAAGACAGAGGGUCCCACCUGCCCCACUCCAGGGUGUGAUGGAUCAGGACACGCCAACGGCAGCUUUCUCACCCACCGCAGUCUCUCAGGCUGCCCCAGAGCCUCCCUCAAUAAGAAGAAAGCCAAGUUCCCUGGUGAAGAGUAUCUCAGCACUAAGUUCAGAGCCAAUGAUGUGUUAGACAAUGAUGAAGACAUCAAGCAACUAAAUAAAGAAAUAAAUGAGCUCAAUGAAUCCAACAAUGAAAUGGAGGCAGAUAUGGUCAACCUUCAAACACAGAUAACAUCCAUGGAGAAAAACCUGAAGAACAUAGAGCAGGAGAACAAGAUAAUUGAAGAACAGAAUGAGGCUUUGUUUAUGGAGCUCUCUGGACUCAGUCAAGCCCUUAUACACAGCCUGGCCAGCGUCCGUCUGCCUCACAUGCAGGAGCCAAUCACAGAGCAGAAUUUCGAGAGCUACGUGAGCACCCUAACUGACAUGUACACCAAUAAGGACUGCUACCAGAACCCAGAGAACAAGGCCCUUCUGGAGACCAUCAACAAGGCAGUGAAAGGCAUCACGGUCUGAUUCAGCCGAGAGGUGUGGAAAAGAAACAGAGGCAUGGAGCCAUGGGAAGAGCAUAUAAAUGACACACAAAAAGGGCAUUCAGGUUUUUUUGAACAACAAUUUAUGCCUUCAUCACAGAGAGCAUUCUGUGACAAUUAAAAAAAAAAAAGAGGUAAACAAUAUGUAUAUUACUAUAAGGACCAAAAUCCACAAAAGCUGCUGGAUUGGAAGGUGGAAGAUACCAGAUGGAAAUCCUUCAGUUUAUUUAUGAAGUGAGACACAACCCUUAUUUUCUUUAGAGUUUUUGUUGUCUUUACGUUCAAUCAGUGAGAAGUUUGCAUUAAAGAAGAUGUUUUUGAAGAAGGAAAAGCUGGGAGUGAAGGAAAGAUUUCCAGAACUUCAUUCAAAAGGUGAGGCCAAGGCUUUGGGUGAAUUUGUGAGGACGCUACUUUUCGAACAACAAAUGCAACGUUCAAGAAAAAGUGAUAACUGAUUAAGGCAAGGCAUCUGCAAAUCUAAUGUAAAGCCCAAGAAGAUAACAAAUAUGCAGUGUUUCCUCAUCCUUCCUUCUUUUGCCAGAAGAAGACAUGAGUUUUGGGAGGAAAAGUUGUGGUAAUUGAGAGGAUGUCCUACAAACAUGCACAUUUUCUCUCCUAUUUGGAAAGUAAAUGAAAUUUGCAUCCUACAAACAUAUCAACCAUAUCCCAGCACUACAACGUCAUGUGGUUGAAUCUGUAAAUUUCUCCUGUUGAACCACUACUUUCUUGAUCUCAGUGCACAUGCCUCAAAAAAGAAGCCCUUUUAUUUAUUACUCUUUGUUCUUUUAUUUUAGAUAAAUACAGGAGCAUUUUAUUUGUAGUACUUGUAGGACUAUUUACCCAAUGUAGUCAUAUCUAUUACUUAUGAACAAUGAGUUGCACUUCAUUUUAGUCAAUUCAACUCCAAAAACAAGAUGUUGGAUUGUUACUUAUAUAUAAAUUAUACUAAAUUUUUCCAGGCUCUAACUGUAAUUUAUUUAUAUUUUGUUAUAAUUAAAUUUUAACUGAAUUAUUUAUUUGAAUUCACCUAUUUAAAUACUCGCACUGGAAAAGUGCAGGCCUUCUGUUUAUAAAAGUUCAUGAAAAUGUGACAAGGAACGUGCCACAUCAAUAUUUGGAAAGAGAAAAGAAAAUCGACCACUGAUUUUUUUGUAACUUAUUUUCAUUUCACAACAGAGUUUUUAAAGAAAUUUUAAGUGCAAAUAUUUUUAACCAACAAUGUUUUGAUAUGUUUUUUUUUUAUUUUGUAAAUUCUCUCUCUUUCUCUCUCUCCAUCUUCCUACCUGUGUGUGUAUACAUAUAUCUGUCUCUAUUCGCAAUUUAUUUUUUUUAAUUUUCAAAUUACAGCUGAAGGAGAAUUAUCAUCUCUAUUUAUUAUUUAUUUAAUAUUUAUGAAAUUAUGAACUGUGAUAUGGUUGUAAUGUAUAUUUAUUUUGUAACGUCUCUGUGUGUUUGUGAAAUCUUAGUAGUCUUGAAGAAACUUUGGCGAUACAAAAAUAAAGACAAAAAACAUGUUUGGAUGAGAGACUAAAAUAUGAUGAUUAUUAAGGCUUCUCCUUAUACCAGCAUUACUUCUUAUAGGAAUGUAAAGUGAAAACAGCAAUUCCAGUACUGUGGAACAUUGAGCUUUGACUCUUUCCUCGUAUGUCUCAACAGGAAGAGGAAGUUCAUUAAGAGGAAACAGAGUCUGGAACUGGGUCUUCUCGUGCUGACUGUUUUUAUUUUCUGUUUGUUUGUUUUUUUUGCCUCCUCAAGCACUCUGUAGUGGCCAAAAAUGUCUCCCCAGAAUUGCAAGUGGAUUAUUUUAGCUUUCUUACUAAAAGUAUUAUCUUUAUAGACCUAUUGGCAAUGGGAAGUGGGUGGGAAUUUUUGCGGUGGGAGGGGUACGGGAGACAAAUACCAACCAUCCUGAAAUAAACUCUUGAACCACAAUGUCCUUACUCAACUAGUAUCAGACGAGCAUACACCCGUGUAGCCUUACACUAGAUUUUUAGUUCUUCAAUGCACAAAGUGCCACUGACCUGUGCUUUCGUUACCGACUCCGCCCAUUCACCACCCACACUACCCUUGGGUCAUGUGACCGUGGCAUAAGUGGGGAUUGUUACCGAUGCCUUUAUUCCUUUGCCGUGAUGACCAUAUGUACACAAUAUAUUCAUUCUGUAUUUAAAAUGAAAAAAAAGAAGAGAACUAUAUAUAGUAUAUAAACAUACAUCUAUUUUUACAGUGUAAUUGUUAACUCCUUUUCUCUUAUAAUAGCUAAAAAGAAACAAUAUCUUUCCAAAAGCUGUGAGUACUACUAUCGAUAGAAGACUAAAUAAUAUAAAAAACGAAUAAAAAAACUAAAUAAAGACCCAGUUUACUGUGGUUGCAGGAUUCAAUGUGUUUUAUAAUAUGUAAAUGUAAAUUUUUAAAGGAUACAAUGAUGUUUGUAGAGUUUCCUAUUUUCCAAACUCACUGGGCCUCUCUAUGUAUGUCAGCCACAUUAAUAGGACAAGGUUAAAAGAUUAGUCAUAGUGUUAAUUGACUGUACCUGUUUAGAUGCAUUGUAGUGUGCUGAAAGUUCUCUGUGGAUCCGUCUUUAGUAUUAUAGGGUGUUGUGCAGUUCUAGUGGCACGAGACACUAGAUACGUGUGUAAAAUGCCAGUCAUCACAAUGACAUCUGUAUGAAUCAUAAUAGCGGCUUGUGAAAAGAACAUUGUGCCUCUAUUAAAAACUGUAAUUUUGUUAGUGGUAAACAGCAGCCAUGUAGUUAAUUUGCAGCAAUAUUGUGAUGGACAGAACACGUGUGCACUUUUCAGAAUCUUGAAUGCCAACUAAUGACCUUUCAGCCGAAAGAGGUUUAUUUUGUGUGUGUGUGUGUGUGUGUGUGUGUGUGUGUGUGUGUGUGUGUGUGUGUGUGUGUGUGUGUGUGUGUGUGUGUGUGUGUUUUAAGGUACAAAUGACUGUUGGCUAGCAAACAACCAUUCAUUGCACCAAAAGAAUUAGGAAAAUGUGCAAAUGUCUUCUUCAUGUUUGUUGUUGUUUAAUGUGAAUCUGUCUGAAAUGUCAAAUGCCCUUUGAUGCACAUCUGCAGGGGUUGAUUCAACAGCCAUUGCCAUGUUCAAUUUAACACCAAGAGCCACUUUAUUAAGGCUUGUCUUAUCUGAAUACAUUUUUUUCUGACAUCUUUUUGUCUUGUUACCAAAUCAAAAGCCCUUACAAUACUACCAUAUCAAACCUGAUCAGUCAAAGCUCUUGGCAACAGCACAGUUUGGAUCAAGCCCUGAGUUCAAACAGAAAAUUAUGUUAAAUGUCAACCAAAUGUAGUGCUUGCUGAGAAACUGUCAUUGGUUGGCCCUCACACACACUCGCUGAGAAUGAAGGAGGCACAAGUUGCAUAAAUCUUUGUCUAUUUUCAUAGGUCAUUUUAUUCGCCUAGUUCUGUGUAACCUUACCACAGGAAAGAUGUGUGAGUUGAAUUUCAAUACAACCUUGUCUAUCCUAUCUGUGAAAGCAUACUUUGUAACUAACUGCAACAUGGUUCUUCCUUCUAAUAGAAUUGAGGGAAUACUCACUACUAAUGUCACAUUAUCUUACUACCAUCGUUGAGGGAUUAUAAUGGAAGAUUAACAUUUAUAUCUGCUCAUUACUACUGACACUGUAUAAAAAGCAUGUGUGAAUUAUUUUUCCUUGGUGCAUGCUCCUUAAAAUUGUCGGUGAUGAUGAGCAGGCAUGAAUGUUAUGGAGUUUGCAGAAUCUGCCUUGUAAUGUAGCAUGUUUUCUGUAUAGCACCUGCAAAUGCAAGUUAACUGUACAUCUAUCCCCUGCCCAUCAAACCAAAUAAGUCACAUUAAGUUUGUAGGGUUUAAAAGGGUUUGUACUUUUAAGAUUAAAAGUAGCUGAUUAAUUUAGCACCUUUGUAAGCAUAUUACUGGAGAGUCUGGCCUUUCCAAGACUUAUCGUGAUUUGAUAGGCUUUGGUACCAAUUGUAGGUUAAAUAAAAUGGGUUCCUUCAUCAUCAUAUUUUUAGGCAAGACAUUUAGCUUUAAUUACAGCUAAAUAGCAAGUCGUAAAGAUUGCUAGAAUGGAACUGUUUGUCCCAUUAAGCUGAUAUAACCAAAAUGGCCCUCAUUCUGUAGGUACUGUAGCUUACAGCUCUGUGGUUUUCUCAUGUGUGCCUUUUCUCACUUGUGUUUGCUGCAGGAAAGGGUGAGUUUACAUUUAAGGACUGGGUUCAAAUCCCACUCAGGACGACAACUUAUUUUUCUUUUGUUCCGUUUUUUUUUCCCCUUCCUUUUUGGGAGGGAGGGAAAGGUAAUAAAUACAGUAAACCAGUGAACACCAAGAGCAGAUAAUAUUGAAAUGGGUAUUGUUUGUUUUUUUCAAUAUUAAAUAAGUAGAUCAACAUAUCUCAAACUGUUCUUCCCAAAAACUUCAGAAACUGUGAUUCUGAUUCAGGUAUGAAACAGUAUGAUGGGUCAUUUAAUUGAAUCUGAAAUAAUCAUUUAACUUAUCGCAGAUGAAGCAUUUAUGCACAGGGCAUUAUUCUGUCAACAAUGGGAUUCUGUACAUUUGUAAUAAAAAACAGUGUUGUUGUAUUAAACAGUAUUUCCAAGUAAAUGUAUUUUAAACCCACGGCCAAGGCUUGUCCUCUUGUGUCCUUUUUUACAGAGAUCAGCUAUUUUUACUGGUGAUUUUGUAGCCACAAAUUAUUCUCCUUAAGAAAAUGACAAAAAAAAAUGGUACUCCCUAAAAAUGCUAAGCACUUCUACAGUGAUAGACUACAUGUUUUUGGCACUUUUGUAGCUGUUGUGGUUUCCUUGCUAGGUUUUUGUUUGUUUGUUUCUCUUGUAGAGCAGGACAAGCUAUGGCUGUGCGUGAUUCGAGGUAACUUUGGAAAUGAAGUGUGUAGUUUGUUUUGGUUUGUGACCGUGUUUGUGUACUCUUGUACCUGUGCUCAUUGAUAUCAGUGUUAAAAGAGAACAAUAAUGUUUGUUUUGUGGAGGAAUCGUUAAUUUCAAUGUUAUACAUGGACAACAUAAAUAAAUAUUAAAUAA